CAUGAUCGUAGUCGUAAUUAACAUCAUGCACGCGUUUGAUCAGAGUGAUGGUUUAAUCAAAUAGUAGCCUUGACUCUCAGUGUCAGUGUACAAUGCGGAUCGUUGUAAAUUCUGAAACGGUAAAGUAAAAAAAAUAAUCAUUUAGAAGUUCAUUUCUAGACUGAGCUGACUCUACGUGUCUUCUGCUUCUCUGCUUACAUAUGAAAUGUAGACUAAAAAUUGACGCAACAAUGAAGAGGAUAUUAAAUCUUGUUAUAUUUAUCAGUAUCAACACGACAUGGACAUUUGCCACUACAUGUGUCUACGACCCACCAAAAUGCAACCCGUCAAUCACUAUCGAAACGGAUGACGGAAAGUCGGUCCUACUGGUCCAGAAGUGGGUCCAGGCCCCGAAAACCAGUGCCUUCUGCGAUAGUCCCACACAAAGUGGUUACUAUAUCUGUAGGCGACCUGAUUGCACAUCUUCACCCUGUCUUCAUGGAGGAACUUGUAUGGAGACAAGAUCGAGUUACAGAUGUCAAUGCAUGCACGGAACUUAUGGGUCCAACUGCCAACACGUGACAUCGCAGACAUCUCCUUCCGUUACCUUCACCACUCCAUCGGCGGAGUUUUCGGCUUCUACAUCUUUGAUGACAACCUCGACUCCCGACGUCCCAACUGGUAUCAACACUGCCGACGUGCCAACUUGUAGUCCUACUGAUUCAACUUGUAAUCCUACAGAUUCGUCAACCGGUUCUCCUACCGAUCCGUCAACCGGACCUCCUACCGACCCGUCAACCGGUCCUCCUACCGACCCGUCAACCGGUCCUCCUACCGACCCGUCAACCGGUCCUCCUACCGACCCGUCAACCGGUUCUCCUACCGACCCGUCAACUGGUUCUCCUACCGACCCGUCAACCACACCACCAAGCUACCAAGGUAAAGAGUACGGCUUCUCUUCUAGCGCGUUCACCCCGAUGGCAUUCGAAAAUGCCCGAGAUGCUUGUACUGGACUGUUCGGCCAUCAGCCAUCGGGAUACGAUCCUGGGCUGAUCGAACUGACCGACGACGCGGAGAAAAGAGUUAUCAUCGAUUUCAUUUCGGAGACGGCAAUUCCUUCUGGGUCAUCGCUCUGGAUCGGUUGUCCUAAGUAUCUGUCCGGCGACCCCGAACAUGGGUUUUACUGCUAUAACAGUGAUUACCGAUAUUCAAGCAACGACAAUAUUGAUGAAGGCUACUGGGAUUGGGACACCGGUGAACGAGGAAAAAUGGUCGUCGGUGCAUGGUCCUCAACCUCACCACACAGAAGUACAGGGCCGAGUACUGUUACUCGGCAGCUAUAGCACUUUGCGAAUGGACACCGCGAGUAAAUUAAUUUGAUUAUUCAAUAUAUUUAUCUUGCCGUUAUGAGGGAUACAUUUUGAACCUGUAGUUUAAUGCAUAUAGAAUGGUAUAUCAAAGACAACAAAAGCAAUUUCGAUUUUUAUAUACAUGUACAUGGAGGCUUGUGUAGUCAGUUACAUUAUUUCAAUACCACUCAGAAACAUCUACUUAGGUGAGGAAGUCAUAAAAAUAGCUUCAGAUGUAUUAGCUGAAAUAUUGAGGCGGCUCGAACUUUUAGUAUGAAAUGAGACAAUAGAAUAUAUAUAAAUCUCAGCACAGGUGUUGACAAUAAAAAGGAGGGACGCCA